AUGGCUGUGAGCUGCCCGUUUCCGAUCACUGUCACUCGUGCGCCCAGCUAUCAGCCCAGCCGGCCCAAGUUGACCUGCCCAACGAGUCCAUGGAUAAGGACGAGACGACUUGUCCCUGGGGAGACCCCUUUCACGGCGCGCAAGAACACCCAACCCAACGAGAAGUGCGCCGAGAUCUUCCUGUACCACGCGAAGCUCUACGUGGUGGGCGACGAGUACGACCUGGCCAAACUACGGCGGCUUACCAACGACACGAUCCGCGACAUGCUCAUUUUGUACAUGGCCAUGGGGCUGGGGCACCUGCUGGAGUGCGACGCUAUGAAGGACGUCUUUGAGGACUACUCCAGCCCUGGAUACGCAGAUACGAAGAGUUUCAAGGUUGUGGGCUGUCGACCGUUUCCCUCAAAUCUUAUUCAGCCUGAGAUGAUUUUGGUUAUGAGUGGCGAAGCACGAUUGACUACGGCUAACUCGGAUGUUGAAGUUCGCCUGGCCUUGGUCCAACGACCCAGGGCCUUGAGCUGA